CUACUCCUGCGUCUGCCAGCCAGGGUACUAUGGAGGGGACUGCGUGGAUGUGUGUCACCUCAACCCCUGCAAGAACAAGUCGGUGUGUCGCCGCAAGCCAGGCUCUCCCCUGGGCUACGUGUGCGAGUGUGGAGGGAACUUUUUUGGGCAGUACUGUGAGCAUAGGAUGGAUCAGCAGUGUCCGAAGGGCUGGUGGGGGAACCCCACCUGCGGGCCCUGUAACUGCGAUGUGAACAAAGGCUUUGACCCUGACUGCAAUAAAACCAACGGGCAGUGCCACUGCAAGGACUUCCACUACCGCCCCAAAGGCAGUGACACCUGCCUGCCUUGCGACUGCUACCCCGUGGGCUCUACCUCGCGCUCCUGCGACAAGGAGACGGGCCGGUGCCACUGCCGUCCUGGGGUCAUCGGGCGCCAGUGCAAUAACUGCGACAGCCCUUUUGCCGAAGUGACGCCCAGCGGCUGCGAGGUGCUCUAUGACGGCUGUCCCAAAAGCCUGAAGGCGGGGGUUUGGUGGCCCCAGACCAAGUUUGGCUUCUCGGCUGCGGUGCUGUGUCCCAAAGGCUCCUUGGGUGCAGCCGUCAGACACUGUGAUGAGGAGAAGGGCUGGCUGGAGCCAGAUCUCUUCAACUGCACUUCACCUGCCUUCAAGGAGCUAUCCAUGCUGCUGGAGGGCUUGGAGAGGAACGAGACUGAGCUCAACACAAUUGAAGCCAAGAAGCUGGCCCACCGGCUCCGGGCUGUGACAGACCACAUGGACCACUACUUUGGCAAUGAUGUGCACAUCACUUUCCGCCUGCUGUCCCGCCUCAUGGCCUUUGAGAGCCGGCAGCGUGGCUUUGGCCUGACAGCCACGCAGGACGCCCAUUUCAAUGAGAACCUGCUGCGUGCAGGCAGCUCCGUGCUGGCGCCCGAGAACCGGGAGCACUGGGCCAUGCUGCCACACAGUGAGCAUGGCAGUGCCAGCCUCAUGGAGCAGCUGCGGGACUACUCGGGCACUCUGGCCAGCAACAUGAAACUCACCUACCUCAACCCCGUUGGCGUCGUCACCCCCAACAUCAUGCUGAGCAUCGAUCGCAUGGAGAACCACUCCCAUAUCCGCCGGCGCUACCCUCGCUACCACAGCAGCCUCUUCCGAGGCCAGCCAGCUUGGGACCCCCACACCCAUGUUGUGCUGCCACUGUCAGUGCUCAGCCCUCUGAAAGCCGAAGUGCCCACGCUGGCUGGGGGCGAAGGGAACUACACUGUGGACAACUCCUCACCGAGGCAGGCACUGUCGGACCCUGAGCCUGCCCUCACUGUGAUCAUCCUCAUCAUGUACCGCACCCUGGGGGGGCUGCUGCCUGCACGCUACCAAGUGGAUCGCCGCAGCGUCAGGCUUCCCAAGAAUCCUGUGAUGAACUCACCCAUCGUGAGUGUCUCUGUGUUCAGCAAUCACACCUUCCUGCGGGGGCCCCUGGACACCCCUUUGGUGCUGGAAUUUCACCUGCUGGAGACUGCCAACAGGAGCAAACCUCUCUGCGUCCAGUGGAACCACUCCAACCCGACCAACCCCUCCGGCUUCUGGACAGCCAGGGACUGCGAGCUCAUAUACCGAAACACCACACACGUCCACUGCCAGUGCUCCCAGUUUGGCACCUUUGGGGUUCUGAUGGACAGCUCGCACCGAGAGCAACUGGAAGGUGACCUGGAGACAUUGGCAGUUGUCAGCUAUUCCUUGGUGUCUCUCUCCUUGGUGGCUCUGCUGCUGACCUUCUCCUUCCUGACCUGCCUCAAAGGCCUCAAGUCCAACACACGUGGCAUCCACUCCAACAUAUCAGUCACCCUCUUCUUCUCUGAGCUGCUCUUUCUCCUGGGCAUCAACCGCACUGAGAACCAGUUUCUUUGCACUGUGAUUGCCAUCCUCCUCCACUGCUUCUUCCUCUCCACCUUCGCUUGGCUAUUCGUCCAGGGCCUCCAUAUCUACCGCAUGCAGACUGAAGCCCGCAAUGUCAACUUCGGGGCCAUGCGUUUCUACUAUGCCAUCGGCUGGGGAGUGCCUGCCAUCAUCACCGGGCUGGCCGUUGGCCUGGAUCCUGAGGGCUACGGGAACCCUGACUUCUGCUGGAUUUCCAUUCAUGAUAAGCUGGUCUGGAGCUUUGCAGGCCCCAUUACUGUCGUCAUUGUGAUGAAUGGGGUCAUGUUCCUGCUUGUGGCCAAGAUGUCCUGUUCCCCAGGCCAAAAGGAGACCAAGAAGAAAUCGGUUCUCAUGACGUUACGGAGCUCCUUUGUUCUGCUUCUAGUUAUUAGCACUACCUGGCUCUUUGGCCUCUUGGCUGUCAACAACAGUGUCCUGGCUUUCCACUACCUCUACACUGUCCUCUGCAGCCUCCAGGGCCUGGCUGUGCUAAUCCUGUUCUGUGUGCUGAACGAGGAGGUGCGGGAGGCCUGGAAGCUGGCCUGCCUCGGCAAGAAGGGCCAGAGUGAGGAGGCCACGAGGAGCACGCAGGGCCCCAAUGCCUACAACAACACAGCACUGUUUGAAGAGAGCGGGCUCAUCCGCAUCACCCUGGGGGCCUCCACCAUCUCGUCGGUGAGCAGCGUGCGCUCUGCCCGCACCCACUCCAGCCAGCGGGCUUACCUCAGAGACAACGUGACGGCACGACAGGGCUCAGCCCUAGAUCACAGCCUGCUAGCUCAUGCUGGCCCCACGGACAUCGAUGUGGCCAUGUUCCACCGCGAUGCUGGGGGAGACCAGGACUCAGACUCAGACAGUGACCUGUCUCUGGAUGAAGAGCGCAGCCUCUCCAUCCCAUCCUCGGAGAGUGAGGAGAAUGUACGCCUGCGGGGCCGCUUCCAGCGCCAGUUCAAGCGGGCGGCACACAGCGAACGUCUCCUCACUAACCCUGCCAACACCACUCCCAAAGACGUGGAUGGCAACGACCUCAUGUCAUACUGGCCGGCUCUGGGCGAGUGUGAGGUUCACCCCUGCUCCCUGCAGAAGUGGGGCUCUGAGCGGAAGCUGGGAUUCGACAUCAACAAGGAUGCAGCCAACAAUAAUCAGCCAGACCUGGCCUUGACCAGCGGGGAUGAGAACUCCCUCACCCAGACCCAACGGCAAAGAAAAGGGAUUUUGAAGAACCGCCUCCAGUACCCUCCGACUCUCCAAGGCCUGCCGUCCGUCGGCAGGAUGACCAACGAGCUGACGUGGUACAAGACCUCCACGCUGGGUCACAGGGCUGUCCCCGCCGCCUCCUAUGGCAGGAUCUACCCUGGGGCAGGGAGUCUGUCACAGCCAGCCAGCCGGUACUCAUCACGGGAGCAGCUUGACAUACUGAUGAGGAGACAGAUGUCCCGGGAGCAGCUGAGCAGACACAACUCAGGAGAGUGCUUGGAAGCGGUGCCCAGCCGGCAUGGUCAGAGAGAUCAUGGGAACACGCUGCCCCGGAGGCAGGGCUCCAGAGACCACCUUGACACUUUACCCUGCAGAUUUGGGUCAAGAGAGCAGCUAGACUGCGGGCCAGUAAGAGAGGUCUCUAGAGAGUGGCUAAACACAUUGCCAAGUAGGCAAGUGUCCAGAGACCGAAUAGACACAUUGCCAAGUCGAGAUACUUCUCGAGAACAAUUGGAUUUGCUUUCUAGAAGACAGCCUUCAAGGGACCAGCUAGCAUCAGCUAGACAAACUUCAAGGGAGCAGCUGGACUUUCUGUCCAGAAGAUCUAAUUCCAGAGAGCCUCUGGACACAGUGCCUAGCAGGCAUCCCUCGCAGGACAACCUGGGGAGCCUCUCUAGGAGGCAGCUGUCUAGGGAAGGCCUAGAGCCGCUGUCGAGGAGACAGCCUUCUAGAGAGAACCUGGAGGCUGUUCCCAGCCGACAUCCUUCCACUGAACAAUUAGAUAUCCUUUCUUCCAUCCUUGCUUCUUUUAACUCCUCCGUCCUGUCCUCGGUGCAAUCUUCCAGCACGCCUUCAGGCCCGCAGACCACUGCCACUCCCUCUGCCGUGCAGACCUCCUCGACGCCCUCUGCAAUGUGCCCCUCAACACCUCGCUCUGCCACCUCCCACAGCAUUUCGGAGCUGUCACCAGACUCAGAAAUAACGAGAAACGAGGGCCAUUCCUGA